AUGUCUCAUAGAAGCUCUGCAUUUCAAUUAAGUGAUUUAUUUCCUAGAGAGAUAGAUAUAGAAGUAUGCUUAAAAACAUUGAAAAUAUAUCAAAAAUUGGAAGGUGAUGUUAAUUGUGUAGUAUGGGAUGCUUCAUUAGUUUUAGCAAAAUACCUUGAAACAAUGUGCCAGUCGAAACCAGAUUUCUUGAGUGGUAUAAGGGUAUUAGAAUUAGGGUCUGGAUUAGGAGUAGUAGGGCUUACUGCCGCUACAUUAGGAGCUCAGGUUACUCUGACUGAUUUACCAGAAGCAUUACCAUUACUUCGUUUAAAUAUAUCAGAAAAUAAACAAAAAAUUGCUAGUAUGGGAGGAUAUGCCAUUGCAGAAUCACUAGUAUGGGGUGAUAAAAAUUCUGAAAUUCAUAAACAGGAAUUUGAUAUGAUUGUUUUAGCUGACUGUGUUUACUAUGAAGAUGCUAUAAACCCCCUUAUAGAAACUCUACAGUGCUUAAAUAAUACUGUGAAAAAAAAACCAACUAUAUAUUUGACACAGGAACUAAGAGAUACAGAAAUUCAAAAAAAAUUGUGGAAAAUAUUCUAUGAAAAGCUUGCCGAGUUUUUUUACAUUGAAAAAAUCCCAGAAGAACAACAACAUUCAAAUUACAGAAGCUCAGACAUAUUACUGUUAAAAAUGAUAAAGAAA